AUGUCAGCCAUCUUGAAUUUCUAUUGGUUAGCGUACGAAACGAAUAAAAUAAACGUACUAUAUGAAGAGAAAAAUAUUCUGAAUCGAACUGUCGAUUCAGAUUUUCGAGACCUGCGCGCGGGCGGGGGUCCUGUAUCCAAUAUGCAUCAUUCAAAGAUGAUUAAAUGGCUAACAAUGACAUUUCACGAGCUGAAUAGACAUUUUACUCGUUUUUGGGUUCAUCAUCGACACAUUGUUUCCUGUAUACAUCUCUGCUCAACUGCAUUUAUAACUGAUGGCUUUCAAAAGCCGAGCUUUUAUAUUUGUUCAAACCACAAUCGGGGUGCGGUUAGCGAGGAACUCGGCUACAUUCAGCUCGGUUGCGCAAAUCGUCCAGCUGCAAAACCACGGCAACGAACCAAUCCAAAAAACGUCUACGGUGAAAGAAGCCAAGGAGAACCACCAACAUGUCAAGAAUGCCGUGACAUCGGAGUUACGUCCUCAAGAAAUGAUGGAGAAUAUAUUCAAGAUUUUACCUGUAAUGUCGAUCGUCUGCCUCGUAUGCGCAACGGGUCAACAACAUCUUACGGAGUUAUAUUUACUGCGCUAAACUGCGGAAUCGUCGUUGAUUUUAUGCCCAUCAAUCUUAGUGAACAAGUAUUCGUUAUUCUUCAUCAUUGGCUGACAAUGCUCAAAAAAAUUGAUGAUAUUCGCCGUUUACCAUCCAUAUUUAUCUAUGAUAAUGCUUGUGCUAUGAGUUCGAUUAUGUCAUUUGAAUGUGGUGAAUGUACUCCCGCACAGAUUCAGCGUGCACGACAAAGUUACAAUCGUGCACUGACUCUUCGCCAGUUGUCUGUUCAGAAGACCCAGUCGCUCAACUAUUGGAUUAAACAUGAUCUGUCUAAUGCUGAUCAAACCAUAUGUAUGAGCGAUGCAGAAAAACAAAUCAAUGGAGGGACUUCAACUGAUUGUCAUUGUUAUGAGUUCCCAGAUGAAGAACUAUUAAAGGUCGUCCUGAAAUGGGAAAGCGAUCAAAGAUCACUUAUUGAUUUUACUGAAACAAGUGCUAAUACGAACGUCAUACAGACACCAUACAAUAAUGCACUAAUUAAAAUAUCAUAUCCGCUGAUAGAUUUAAUGUACGAUGAGACGCAAUUAGCAUGUACAGAAGAACUUUUAAUGCCCGGAGAAUUAAUGAACAGUUCAGUUCUCGAUCCACAAUUGAGCUGGAGUGUUAGUAAACGUGAACUAUCGAGUUCAAUAUCGUCAAACACAUGCGAGCCCUGCAUCAAGAAAAUACGACAAGAAAAUGCCACUGAUCCAUUUGCUCAAAUUGUUGAUGAAAUGACCCGAGCAUUAGCAGCACCACUGAUCUCAGCCACAAGCAACGCUAACGACAGUUCUAACGAUUCUGAUUUUGAAAAAAUUCGCCCAGCUCUGGGAAUUUUAGUAUCCUAUCAUCCUUGUGGGGUUGCUAUAGGAUAUACAGAGGCAAUCAAAGCGGAAGGUAUGCGAUCAAUUACUCGUCAUCUUUUACAUAUGAUUAUUCAUGGUUGUCGUAUGCCGGACGCCCUCAUGUACGACUGCGCCUGUGCACUAAAACUUCAUUGGAAUGAAUGGCUCGGCACAGAUAUGCUGAAAUUAUCAAACUUAACUGAACAACUUCCGACUUACCUUGCUCUUGAUAAUUUUCAUCAACGCACGCACUCUCGAUCCAUGUGUCAAACAAUAAUGAAGUCGGAUCACCCGUCACACGAACGGCGAUUUAUCGGCUUGAACAGUCAGGCUGCUGAACAAGCUUUUCAAUUUAUCUCCCGUGCUAAAUAUUCUUUACGAAAUUUCUCAUUUCCUUAUUCAAUUGUCAUGCUCAUGUUGAUUUUUCAUUUGAAAAAUUGCCGAAUUACUGAUAUUGAUGAACACAGUAUUGGUCUAGCAUUUUCUCAUUUUGGCAAUGAAAUUAAAAACUAUUUUUUAACACCACGUGUAUUUGAAAGUUUUGGGGUAUUCAACGAAGGCGAAGCGAAUGAUACCGAUGAAGAUUAUCAAUCAGAAGAUGAUGAAUUGAUGAUGAAAGAUUAG